CGCGUUGCCCAGCUCCCGACGCGGCUCGUCCAUUGGAGGCGGCGGGCCCGCCCCCGCCAGCUAGGUGAAGGUGAGCGUCUCCUCCGGUCGCCGCGGCCGGCCCAGACCCAGCGGACCAGGCGAGGCUCUGCGGACUUCCCGGCUCUCUCGCUAUGGCUCCCCCGUCGAUCUUCGCCGAGGUUCCGCAGGCCGAGCCGGUCCUGGUCUUUAAACUCACUGCCGACUUCCGGGAGGACCCGGACCCCCGCAAGGUCAACCUGGGAGUGGGAGCGUACCGCACGGACGACUGCCAGCCCUGGGUUUUGCCAGUGGUGAGGAAGGUGGAGCAGAAGAUUGCCAAUGACUGCAGCCUCAUUCACGAGUACCUGCCCAUCCUGGGCCUGGCAGAGUUCCGGUCCUGUGCGUCUCGCCUCGCCCUGGGUGAUGACAGCCCAGCCCUCAAGGAGAAGCGGGUAGGAGGUGUGCAGUCUUUGGGGGGAACAGGAGCACUUCGAAUUGGAGCUGAGUUUUUGGCGCGAUGGUACAAUGGAACAAACAACAAGACCACACCUGUCUAUGUGUCCUCACCCAGCUGGGAGAAUCAUAAUGGUGUGUUUUCUGCCGCUGGUUUUAAAGACAUUCGGUCCUAUCGCUACUGGGAUGCAAAGAAGAGAGGACUUGACCUCCAGGGUUUCCUGAGUGAUUUGGAGAAUGCUCCUGAGUUCUCCAUUUUCGUCCUCCACGCCUGUGCGCACAACCCGACCGGGACCGACCCAACCCCGGAACAGUGGAAGCAAAUUGCCGCUGUCAUGAAGCGCCGGUUCCUGUUCCCCUUCUUUGACUCAGCCUACCAGGGCUUCGCGUCUGGAGACCUCGAGAAGGACGCCUGGGCCAUCCGCUACUUCGUGUCCGAGGGCUUCGAGCUCUUCUGCGCCCAGUCCUUCUCCAAGAACUUCGGGCUCUACAACGAGCGCGUGGGGAACCUGACCGUGGUCGGGAAAGAGGCCGACAGCAUCCUGCGGGUCCUGUCGCAGAUGGAGAAGAUCGUGCGCAUCACGUGGUCCAACCCCCCCGCCCAGGGAGCGCGCAUCGUGGCCUCCACCCUCUCCAACCCCGAGCUCUUCCAGGAAUGGACGGGUAACGUGAAGACGAUGGCUGACAGAAUUCUGACCAUGAGAUCCGAACUCAGGGCACGCCUGGAAACCCUCAGGACCCCCGGGACCUGGAACCACAUCACCGAGCAGAUCGGCAUGUUCAGCUUCACGGGGUUGAACCCCAAGCAGGUCGAAUACCUGAUCAACGAAAAGCACAUCUACCUGCUGCCAAGUGGUCGGAUCAACAUGUGUGGCUUAACCACCAAAAAUCUAGAUUACGUGGCCACCUCCAUCCACGAAGCCGUCACCAAAUUCCAGUGAAGAAGCACCACCCGUCCAGCACCACCAAAGGUUCUCCACCACGCGUGUUCCCCGCCCCACCCUCGAUGCACACAUCACGGAUUAGAGACACCUGAAGGGCGGAGGGCUGCCCAGGGGAGGCCCCUCUGCUUAAACUGACCCCAGAAGAGAACACCCCUGAAACGAAUUAGAGUCCUGGGAUUAGAGCCUUUUGGAGGCCAGAGAAGAUUUAGAUUUUUAUUUAAAAAUAAAAAAGGACUUUGAUACCCGCCCCUCGCUAGAAGCAGGAGUGUUGUGCCUGGUACCCCUGUUCCUCACGUGUUGCUUGACUGUGUACCGUCUAGACCCAAAGAUCAUGUUGUCUGAAGGAGCCAGAGUGUGCUUGUGGGUGUUGGCUGUGGCAUUAAAACUCACCGUCUCCACCCAGUGUCUUGCCUCCUUUCUCCUGCAUGGCUGUGUCCCUAGUCCAAGACUUUAGUAUCGUAGGGUGACCGUGGUGAGAGACGUAUUUAAUCAUGGCUCGUGACAAACACGCACGGACACACGCACAUGGCGAAUGAAAGCAAGUUUCACAGAUCAGCAUUUACUCUUACUGUGUGUAGUGUGUUUUCCUCUUUUCUGGUCGAUUCUAUCGUGUUCUCCUUCACUAAAAAAAUAAAAGUGCUGAUCGAGACCCAUGGA